CCCUUUAAUUCAACCGAGAGUAGAAUAUGAGCUUCAAUUACGUAAGGCAGAAGGGAAGAAUUAGGUAUUCAAAACGUUCAAAGUCUGUUCAAUAUGAACGCUAAAAUUGACGCUUUCCGCCUAUCUGUUCCAUUGCACGAUCUAGCAAUCGUGGCUGACUCGCCUAGAAAUAUGCAGUUUCCAUGAACAUCUCGCGGGCGGACACAGCGAUAAACUCCAAAUCUACGGCCAUGUUUUCAAUCCAAAAGCAAUACAAAACAGGGGUUUACCGCACAAGUGGCCCCAUAUCUAACUUCCGCUGCAGAUUAACGAUCCGCAAAAUUCACUCUCUAAUCGAUGUGCCCAUCCUAGAGGGACUUGACAAAAGUCUGGAAGACAGAGAGACGGCCGAAAAUGGCACGAAUGAAACGCGAACCAUAGGCUGGCAGGAGAAAAUAUUUAGCCACUACGAGCGGGACUAUUAUCGGAUAAAGGAGAACUGCAAAACAGACCAUCACAAAAAAUACUACCAUAUGCUAAAAACCGACUCGCAUGCACCGCAGCUGCUGUUUACAUACGUCGAUGAAGACAACUACUAUCCAGAUGACAGGGACAACCGGAAUCGUCGGCAGCAGCCAGAGGUGUCGCCAUCCAAAACGCAAUCGAUGUACCUGAUGGCUGAUCUAGGGCAUGAGGUGCUGCUGUUCAGCAUUAAUUGGUGUCCCGACGAGGGACUGUUGACAGUGUAUCCCGACUUCAAUCACAUGACCACCAAUCCGUUUUAUCAUGAAAUGAGAGAAUCCAACUUGCACAUGUAUCACUACGCGUUGGAACGGUGUUUCGCGGCAAAAGCAUUCCUUCCGAAACCUGUGAAUCAAUUAGCCCUAAUAGGAACCAACAAGCCAGGAUCGCAAACCCAAACGGCCCUGGAUCGUAACGAGCGCUUCGUAAUGCCCAAGCAACUGCACCGCAAUUUACUACUUUUAAUGGAAAUAGUAGCUGCAUCCGAUUUCGAGUACGACGGAAUUCAUAUACGAUAUCGGGUGGAGCUUCCGGCGGAUGUGAAGAUGGUGAACAAGGACAGCCAGCUAGCGGGCAGUACACAAGCCUCAAAGCAGCUCAACAACCGGUGGCAUUUUGCACACUGCCAUGAGCUUUUACUCCGACUUCCGGACGCAAAGCAGACUCCACGCUGCUUGGAAGUUUACUUUGAAGCCAUCUCUAUCGACGACUGGUGUCGCGAGCGGUAUUUGGGCCACUCUCACCUCUCCAUUCCGUUAAGAUAUCAGCUAAGCGAAACGACCGUCAACUUUGUGCAGCUGACUAAUUUGGGAGCCAUGGCCGAUCGGAUGGAACUUUUUCUCGUGGGUAACCGUCGCCAAGUGGAUCUGCCAGUUUUUUACGGAAAGGCCGGAUCAACCAUACUAAACCGAUAUGCUAACGAGACAGGGUCAUCCGGAAAGUUACAAAUUCGGUUCCAAAUGAUACGCCAGCACCAGCCGAAGAUUAUAAACGAUGGUUACUUUAAAAGUACGCGAAAAACCAAAAACAUCACCCUGAACGAGCUCAUCAGAUCGUACAGCACCGCGCGGGAACGGUUGGAAGAAUUUGUGGACUUGAACUACUAGCUUAGUUGCACUUCAGUUAAGACUGCAACGAUAAGAAGGUUCCAUGCGCCAUUGCACAACAUUCUGCCGGAUCCUCUGGACAGUUUUUAACAAGGUGAUAUCGUUUGCGUCGUAAUAAAAUUGCUGCUCUUUGGAGUUUGCGGAAAAGAUCUGUGAAAAUAAGUCAAUCUAGUAACCAGGGCGCAAUUUGUUCUCAAAAGAAGAGCCCCCAGAACCCCCUCUCAUUCAUGCGUAAAUUUACCAAAAACAACUAACAUUUUGUUUUCCUUGUAACUAAUGCCGUAAGCAUAGAAGGGGCGCAGUGUAUCUCUAUAGUUUUGAAUCUAAGUGUGUACGGUGUGUUUUAGUUCAGCGAUAUGGUAUUAAACGGAGAGCUUAAAUUUACAACAGCAGUGUAGUGCGUUCUGUACUUGGCGUGCGAGCUAAGGAAGUUUCAGCAAAAAUGCCUUGUGAAUGUGUGUGAGCGGGAUCAGGUUGCCGGAAAUUCGCGUGCAGCAGCAAUAGCAGUGGCCGCCGUGCUGGAGAAAAGAAAAUAGAUCGUUUAAGUGUGUCAUCUGUCCUGAGAAAGGAGCGGUAUAAUAAUUCGCAGCAAUUUCACACCGCAGUGUAGUUUUUGGUAUUAUGGAGCGCGCAAUGCUAAGCGGAAGAAAGUAGUAGUAACGCAUACUAGUGUACUGUUCUUCUAAAAGAUGGUAUGUUAAGUGAGCAGAUUUUGCGAAGGAAGAAAAAGCCUAUAUGUGUGCAGUGCAUCGUCGUCGAGCAUAGCAAGCCGAGCAGCAGCCGCAAGAAGAAGCGUAAAAGUACGGGUAGAAAAGCGAGUCGCUGUGGCAGCAAACAGCA